AUGCCAGGUGAAGCUGAGCCGAGUCCGGAUGUGCUGGAUGAAGCCGAGCCGGGUGCGGAUGUGCCGGGUGAAGCCGAGCCGGGCGCAGAUGUGCCGGAUGAAGCUGAGCCGGGUGCAGAUGUGCCGGAUGAAGCCGAGCCAGGUGCGGAUGUGCCGGAUGAAGCCGAGCCGGGUGCCGAUGUGCCGCAUGAAGCCGAGCCGGGUGCCGAUGUGCCGGGUGAAGCCGAGCCGGGCUCAGAUGUGCCGGAUGAAGCUGAGCCGGGUGCAGAUGUGCCGGAUGAAGCCGAGCCAGGUGCGGAUGUGCCGGAUGAAGCCGAGCCGGGUGCCGAUGUGCCGCAUGAAGCCGAGCCGGGUGCCGAUGUGCCGGAUGAAGCCGAGCCGGGUGCUGAUGUGCCGCAUGAAGCCGAGCCAGGCGCAGAUGUGCCGGAUGAAGCCGAGCUGGGUGUGGAUGUGCCGGGUGAAGCCGAGCCGGGUGCAGAUGUGCCGGAUGAAGCCGAGCCGGGUGCGGAUGUGCUGGGUGAAGCCGAGCCAGGCGCAGAUGUGCCGGAUGAAUCCAAGCCGGGUGUGGAUGUGCCGGGCACAGAUAUGCCCGAUGAAGCCGAGCCGGGUGCCGAUAUGCCAGAUGAAUCCGAGCCGGGUGCGGAUGUGCCGGAUGAAGCCGAGCCGGGCGCAGAUGUGCCAGAUGAAGCCGAGCCGGGUGCGGAUAUGCCGGGUGCGGAUGUGCCGGAUGAAGCUGAGCCGGGUGUGGAUGUGCCAGGUGAAGCCGAGCCAGGCGCAGAUGUGCUGGAUGAAGCCGAGCCAGGCGCAGAUGUGCCAGAUGAAGCCAAGCCGGGCGCAGAUGUGCCGGGUGAAGCCGAGCCGGGCGCAGAUGUGCCAGGUGAAGCCGAGCCAGGCGCAGAUGUGCCGGAUGAAGCCGAGCCGGGCGCAGAUGUGCCAGAUGAAGCCGAGCCGGGUGCGGAUGUGCCGGGUGAAGCCGAGCCAGGCGCAGAUGUGCCAGAUGAAGCCGAGCCAGGCGCAGAUGUGCCAGAUGAAGCCGAGCCAGGCGCAGAUGUGCCAGAUGAAGCCAAGCUGGGCGCAGAUGUGCCGGGUGAAGCCGAGCCGGGCGCAGAUGUGCCGGGUGAAGCCGAGCCAGGCGCAGAUGUGCCGGGUGAAGCCGAGCCGGGUGCUGAUGUGCCGGGUGAAGCCGAGCCGGGUGUGGAUGUGCUGGAUAGGGCCGAGCCGGGUGCAGAUGUGCUGGAUGAAGCAGAGCCAGGUGUGGACGUGCCGGGUGAAGCCGAGCCGGGCGCAGAUGUGCCGGGUGAAGCCGAGCCGAGUGGUACCUGCAGCUGA